AUGGAAAUUCGGAUUAGGCAUAUCGCUUUUCUAGCGAUAAUCUGCACAUUUUGUUAUUAUGUGGAUGGACAAGGUCUCAACGAUCCAAUCACCCAAUACAUCGAAGGACGAUUAGGCAACCGGCGAAUUUUCUGGUGUCCUAGCGGCUAUGGUUAUCUAGCGUUCUGCCCGCAACCAACCGACUGGGACAACUACAAUUGGUGCUGCACAUGGCCCUACAUGGGCUCAUGGAAGCCAUCAUGCUGCCAGUUUGCCAUUCCAACCGGCGCCGUUGUCGCAAUCAUUCUUGCCGCCAUCGUUCUGCUAUUAGUCCUCAUUGCUCUGUCAUGCUGGUGCUGCUUCUGCUGCCCACUGUAUAAACAGCUCUACGAGUUUGACGACGAAUAG